AUGGCUCUGUCGAUAAUCGGGGCGUGGGUAGCGGCGCCUGUGCUGCCCCACAUCUCGUCACUCCGAUCACACAACGCCUCUGCCGUCCCGUGGCAGACGCCGCUGCCGCUCUGGCUGCCGGUGGACAUCCAGCACUCUCCGCUCUACGAGUGCCUGUACCUGAUGCAGUGCGUGUGCCUCUUCAUGUCCCUUGCCUCCGCUUCAGCACUGGACGCUUUCUUCUGCAACGUAACGCUGAUGAUUACCGCCGAGCUGCAAGUUUUGAAUGACAACGUUUCCUCGCCGAGGGAGAAAGAGGCGUCUGUCGUCAAAGAAAGUCAGACGUAUCUGCCGAUGGUGUUUUGUGAUGAGGACGAAGCUGCCGUCCUAAAGUUUAACUACGGUGCCACAGAGGCUCCUGCUACGUCAGCAACAGAGAAGGAUGCUUCACGGAAUCAGACAUACCUCCGACUAGUUGAAAAUAUUCGACACCAUCAAGCAAUUCUGCGAUGCAUCAGACUGCUGGAGACAUCGAUGAAAUACUCGAUUCCUUUCCAACUCCUCACCAGCGUCACAUCUAUGUGUUUCGUUCUAUUCUUUUGUGCUGCGUCGUUACAGAGAGGCGGCGGUCUGAGCAGUGCCUUGAAGACCAUAUUAUGUAUCCCGUACCUGAUUUUCGAAACUGGAAUCUACUGUAUAUACGUACAAGAAAUCCUCGACCAGAGGGAGAAACUGAUCCAUUCAGCUGUUAAUUACGAAUACAUGCAAGACGGCGCCGGCUGCGGGAAGACACUGCUCAUAUUCAUGCUGAUGGACUCAUCCUUUCUAGAGAUCAAAGUCAGCAAGAUAGUACCGCUUUCUAAGCCAACAUUUUUACAGAUCUUAAAUGGAUCGUACACACUUAUCAAUCUUCUCUACCACUUCAGUAUACCCGACGAAUAAAUGAAGUGAAAGAAGUAGUUUACGUAUCUUCAAACUCACUAGCC